CACUUCACUCAUCCCCAUUGUAGUUUGACAGAACAUAACAGCAAAACGUCAAAUGCUAGAGAGGGUCAGAGGGUGCUCGCAAACGUCAAUAAACUUGAACAUACACGAAGAACAAGGCUGCAUCAAACAAUGUCCUAGGUUAGUUAUUUAUAAUUAAAAGAGAUAAAAAAGUGUGUCGGUCGUUGGCUAUCAACCGGACUUGUGAUGAGGUAGAGUCGUCAAAGCAGCGAAAUGGCUGAUCCGAAAACUGGUAAGGAUAAAUUAGGUUCACCCAGCACAGGAAGUGAUGAUGGGAACGACCAAGACACCCAGGGAGCCAUAAAGCCGGAAUUAGAAGAGCCUGAUUUGGGUGAUAGUGCUCAUUAUGCGCCACCCGAGACCCUCUGGUAUCAUGGUAGACUUGAUAGAUACCAGGCUGAAGAGAGACUGUGGCAGUGCAACAAGCUGGGGGCCUAUCUAGUCAGGGAGAGUGACAGGAAACCAGGCAGUUAUGUGCUGUCAUACCUUGGAAGAACUGGAAUGAAUCAUUUUAGAAUCACUGCAGUGUGUGGAGAUUUUUAUAUUGGAGGAAGACAGUUUGCUUCAUUAAAUGAUUUGGUGGGGUACUACAAAGAAAAAAGUGAUUUGCUCAAGAGGGAGAGGUUGAUACAUCCAGUUCCUCCCCCUGAACCUGUCAAUGAUAAGAAGAGAGUUGUUGCUAUUUUGCCAUACACAAAGAUGCCCGAUACGGACGAGCUGACAUUCAAAAAGGGAGACAUUUUCUUUGUCCAUAAUGAUAUGGGCGACGGCUGGUUAUGGGUUACCGCCCAUAGGACUGGUGAGCAAGGGAUGAUAUUCAUGGAACUAGUCGAAGACCUGGAUGAUGAGGUGGAUCCGAACACUGUCUUCCCUUGGUUUCAUCCUAACUGCACGAAAAACGAGGCUGUCGAUCUACUUGUUAAAGCUGGUCCGGGUAGUUUUCUUGUACGACCGAGUGACAAUUCCCCUGGUGAUUAUUCCUUGUUCUUCCAUAUAAACAACCAAAUACAAAGAUUUCGCAUCGAAAAGAAAGGUGUGCGAUAUCUAAUGGGCGGACGAAUUUUCGAGUGUCUUGAUGCUGUUAUCAAUAGAUACAGGAAGGAGCAGAUUGUCGAGGGAUAUACUUUACAACAUCCUUUGGUAGUGGAUGGUUCUAAACAGUUACUAGACUGGUUACCGGAAAGUCAAAAGGCAAAAUCGGAAGCUGAGAAAAUCUACGCCACUUUGAGAGAAUGCAGAGAUCAGGCUGGUUUAAAGAAAAUGAGGGGCAUUAAACAUCAAGGUUACCUUCACAGAAAAUCCGAUAAGGCCGCCAAGAAAUGGAAACUGUUGUAUUUCGUCCUACUUGUGGAUGGUACUGAUACGCAUUUAUACCUAUAUGAGAAUCCUAAAAGGACAAAACCCAAAGGGCUCAUUGAUUUGUCCUGUGCAUAUUUGUAUCAGGUUCAUGAUAGCUUGUGGGAACGUUCACACUGUCUCCAACUUGUGGAAAGAGCACUUCCAUGCCUAGCAACUGUCACACAUUUGGCGGCAAGGUCUGUUGAAGAUUGUCAAGAAUGGAUGAACGCGUUGAAACCCUUAUGUGUCCCUCAGCUGAGUAGAGCUACCUCCAAAGUGCCAAGUUUAAGAGAAUUAAGGUGUCUCACUCUCGCUAUACUAGACGCUCACAGACUGCCUUACAAACUAGUACCACAGCCCUAUGUGACGAUACAGCUCAACAAUCAAGUGAGAGUAGCCAGGACAAGAGCCAAGUCAGGUCCUGAUCCUGUCUGGGACGAGGAAUUUGUUUUUGAUGAUGUGCCAUGUGAUAUUCUAUCAUUUACCUUAACUGUACAUAACAAAGGAAAAAGGGGGAAAGACCAGGAAGUCGCUGAGGUACAUGUGGAAUUGUCUUCUUUGGGUAAUGGAGAGGAGAGGGAGGAGUGGUAUACACUAUCUGGAUUAACACCUAUUGGAGAGUGGGGCUCCUUGAGGUUAAGAACUAGAUAUCUUCAUGAUUUGGUGAUGCCAGCUGAAGAGUACAGUCCUCUGCAGCAGUUACUGUUAGAGCCAGGACUCACUUCUGUCAAAGUUUUAGCCGAGAUAUGUCACGCUGACAGAGCUCCACUAGCGACUGCUCUGUUAAGAGUCUUCAGAGCCGAGGGAAGAGAAACUGAACUUCUUAGGGAACUGAACAGCGCCGAGAUACUUCGUGAAACUGAGACAUCGACGCUUUUCAGAGCCGCAUCUCUAGCAACGACACUGAUGGACUUGUAUAUGAGAGCAGAGUGUGGUGGUUUCUUGCAGGCCGCUGUUCUGGAAACAGUGUUAAGGUUAUUGGAAAGUAAACAGAGUGCCGAACUGAAUCCUGCGAAAAUGGAAUCAUUAGAUGACGCUUGCAGCAAUGCCGAGUUUCUUCUCCAGAUUCUAGAUCAGGUUGCAUUGAGCAUAUUUAUGUCACCAGACGCCUGCCCAAGAUCUGUACGAUACAUCUGUGGUUGCCUUCAGAAGGCAGUGAUGGCAAAAUGGCCCGAUGAACGAUUCGUCAGGACGCGAGUUGUCUCAGGAUUCAUCUUUUUGAGGCUGUUGUGCCCUGCUCUGUUGAAUCCGCGUCAAUUUGGCCUAGUGAGCGAACAGCCAUCGCCUAUGGCUACGAGGAGUUUGGUGAUGGUGGCCAAAUGUUUGCAGAACCUCGCGAAUUUGGUCGAGUUUGGAGGAAAGGAGCCGUACAUGGAGGUAGUCAACCCUUUCAUAUUGAAAAAUAAAGAACGGAUGGUGGUGUUUUUGGAUCAAUUAUCAAUGGUAAAUGAUCCAGGGGAACCCAGAAUCACCUCGAAACCAGACACUGCCAAGGAACUAGCUACGUUACAUCACAUUUGCGUCGCUCAUUUAACAGAACUACAAGCAGUAGCGAAGGUGAACACUAACAUUAAAACGUUAGUCACCGUCACAGAAAUGCUGGCGAAACAUAAGCAGAAAUAUCUGGAGAUGAUCAGAUAGUAAAUCUGAACAUCCACUACUUUUAUUUUGUGAUCCGUACGUUUUGUUUGAAAAGCGCGUUUAUGUACAGGGUAUUUUUUCUCUGAAGUAGCGUGCAUCAUACGUAAAGCGUGAGGUAAUACAUAUAGCGACAAAAUAUGUCACUUAUCGAGAAUAUUUCUUUUUGGCAAAAAUGCUUAACUCUAAAAUUCAAGAUAGUGGACCAAAUUUAAAUAACGCUAAUCAGGAACUCUGAUUUAAGUUUUCUUUAUACAGGGUGUUCUCAAAGUUAGGACUGCCCUUUACAGAGCGUAUAGCUCAGGCAAUAAUAGGCAAGUUUUCCUAAUAACACAUAUACCAAAGCCUUAGGAUAAGUGAGAUAUUAAGUUCUGCAUUACUCUGAAUAAGCCAUUCUGACCCUGCCUCCUACAGCAAUAACGUAUUUAUCGAUUUAAUGUUAGUUUACUGUGAAUGUCUUCAAGAUACUAUUGAUAAUCCGCGAAUGUAUUAGGGUAUUUCAAACGUCGUCAUCGUCCUUGAUAUUUCCAUCAGCGCUGCGAAGGUUUGUUUAUAGCGUGCAAAAGCCGUCUCGGCGGACACAGUAUAGAAGACGUAGACGUCCCUAAAUUGGAAAGAAGUAAACAAACUCGUGUUUUUGAAUCAAACAGCGACAACUUCAAGCAGUAAUUACAAAUGAAGCAUGUGACACAGGGUAGUACCUUAAAUGCAAUACCAAAUAAAUAAAGAGUAUUUUUUCAAUUUCUUUUUACGGUUUCGUUGCUGUUUUAGCGCAAAUUAACUUUGUUAUUUCAAAGGAAGUCGAUUCUGAAAAGGACAAUCCCGACUUUCGGGAUAAUGUUCUAACAAUACUAUAUCACAUACCUAGUUUCAGAAGUGAGCGCCGUAGGAUAUAAUGUGCGAGACCAAUAAUGGCCUUCUCAAGCGAUGUGUGUAUAGAUUUUUUCACUGCUAAUACUAUCAAAAAGUAUUCGAUUUUGCAUCAACUACGUUACUCAAAAUUACUUAUUUCUCAAUCAUUCUAAAAUGUUGCGAAACAAAAGUUCAGUAAUCCCCCUCGCUUGCCUGGCACCAACAAAACCACAUUUGUUUAAAAUCCCUUUAUUGAUCGACGUGUUGGAUCCAACGGUGACUAUCUUUAGGUUCUCAAAAGUGUCGAACUUGACCAUUGGGACCGACACGUCGUUCCAUAUACCAGGAGAAACUACGUGAAUGCUGUUCGUGCUGUAAAAACAACCGUGGUUGACUUGAUGUAUGACCAGUGGUACUUUGACGUGGUUGCCAUGUUGGGGGAUUUUUCCACAAAUUCAGGGGAUUUUCACUUAAGGAAUUUUUUUUGGGAUGUAAUGCUCUGAAGGAUAUCACACGUUUCGCGGACAGAGAGCAUCCUCUCGCUCUUUGAACCAAACUUACCCCUUUCCAUUAGUUAACUGUGAUUUAGGGGAUUUUUUUAGAAAAGGAACAAUUCUAUAGGAUUUUUGUGCUUGUUCUGGGGAAAUUCUAUCCGGCCCAUCUGUAAACGCUGUGCUGUGAGAGAUCCGCCUUAUGAACACUUUCAACAUGACUUUUAUUAAUGAUAAAUAAUAGUAAAAUAGAUUGCAAAUUACAAAUUUGUUCAACCGUGUAAGGGUUCCUGCACUUGAUGAGCCCAAAUUCGAUCCUGAGCUUUUCGGAUACCAAAAUGUCGUGGGGUGGGUUCUUUAAUAGCACACGGUUAAAGCACUUUAUUUUCACGCUGACUACAAAUAUUGGCCCGACAAUGCGGUUCGGAUGGGUUAGCAGACGCACCCGCAACCUGCUUCCGUUAACUAUCCAGGGCCGACUGUCCCUUCCCCCGCGUUGAUCACAUACACUUCUUCGUCCGGUACGCACUCACUACCUGAUCACUCUCCAGUGAGGUGUUUUCUUUAUUAUUCAAAACCACUUCAACCGGUUCUCCUGGUAUAUAGGCUCCAUGCGUCGUUAAGAAAAAAUAUGUUUAAAGGUUAUGUGGUUUUGAUUCCACCAGACACCAUGGUGGAUUAUCGACAUGAAAGCCAAAGGAUAAUUUUCAGAUGUAACAUAAAGUUCAGUUAAGAAGCUGACACAAUGAAACUGGUAGGAUACAAUAUCAAUCCACAUUAUUACUGAUUUUAUUAUUUGUUUUUUUACAUUGGGGGAGAAAUCCUACUUCUCUAUAAGAUAUUGCAGUCAGUAAUGGUAAUUUAUCGGGUUAAUAGUGAAAAAAUAUAUCUUUUCGCUACUUUAGGUUGCCUACAUCAGCUGUUUCCAAUCAGUUACAAAGAGGGCUUUGAAAAAUGUGUUUUAUCCCGUUUGAAGUAAAUAACCUCACCCUUUACGUAUAUUUUCGUUUAUUAUACUUUCUAAUCGAGUCUCAAUGAGAAACACAUAUACUCAGGCAAAAAAGUCGCGAUGUAUGUAGGGCGAAUCAAAAAGUAAUUGCAGAAAAAUUGAAAUUUUUAGACUGUAUAAUUUUCGUUUUUAUAAGACUGUCAAAAUGAAUAUGAUCUAAGUCAGUAAAUGAGUAGGAUGCCUAAGUAGAAAAUGUAGGUGAACGCUUCUAUUUCUUCAGUUUCCAUAUUGUUUUUGAUGUUUUUGAGUAUGAGUGGUUUAAAUAGUGACGUGGAAGUUAUCGCAAUUUUGCCGUUUAUUAACCGACAUGCUGGGAAAAAUCUACAAUAGUCAAGGAGAAGAUGGAUAGUUUUAAGGGAAAAAAUCAUGCGGCGUUAAAUGUCUCUAAAAAUAUUUUUCUAAACGCUUGUAUAUAACUAUAUUAAGAAAUAAAGUUUUGUUAAAACUUUUUCUCAAAUUAAAGACAGCGGGAGUCUUUCGUGGAAGAUUCAUACCAUACCCAAUUCACACGGUUAUUUGAGGUACAAUAUGCACUUUCGAAAUAUAACUUCAAGUUUAUUUUCUCGAUAUUGUCGAGCUUUGAAUAAAAUUGCGAUAGUUUCCAUUUCAUCCUAUUAUUUCUGUUUAUUCAAAGAACGUUGGAUGUUUUGAACGAUGAGACUAUGGAUAUGAAUAUACCUUUAAGCUUAAAUUAGAAUAUUAUUUGCCAUAACUCGUUCCAAGGCCUUUUAGAAUCUCGCAUUUUAUUUACUUUUCAUUUCACGUGCACUUUUACUCUUAUUUUAUAUUUAUUUGAAUAAAUAAAAUGGAAAAUUAUGAUUAAUGUUGGGCAUUAUCUAUCGUAUAUUUUCAAAAUAAGGAAAUGUGGAGCUUAUGUCAAAGUACCUCAAAAAGUAGGAAAAGUGAAAUGGCCAUCAGAAACCAAAGAUAUUUAAAGUUUGCAAAAAAUUUUCUACAUUGAAAUUCAUUAUUCAUUGCUGUUCCCACCUUAUAUAUUUCUAAUACAUGUUCAUCUAUCUUCAUCGGUGACAUAUACAAGGUGUCCCAUAAAUAACACUGCAGAGUGACACAAGAGGUAGAUUGGCUUCAGAUCACUCAGAUAAAACCAACAUACUUUAGUAAAAGUUUUCUAAUUUUCGAGAUAUUGCCACUUUGAAGUUUUUACAAAAAAUCUACUUUUUGUUCCCUUUUUGCCUGUUAUGGCUAUAAAGAACUUCUAUCUUAUUUUUUUUUUCCUGGCCGAGCAUUCAUAGUAGGUUGAGACAACCGAGUAUUCAUUUCAUUGAAAGCUAGCACGGUAUGCUAAAAAAAAGAUUACAUUUUUUAUCAAUGUGAAAACCUUUACUAAAGUUUGACUAACUACUGUGAAAAAUACAUGUACCAGACCGAAUCAGCACAGUAUCUUAAAAAGGAGCCUUUUAAAAUAUUAUUUUUUUAUUUGUAGUAUUUCGCAAGUAUUACGACUUCUAUGACAAAACUUGGAAUGAUUCAGUUUUUAGUAAAAAGACCCUACAAAUGUUAUACUAUUUUUGAAAGAACAUUAAAUAGCUAGCUUUUAUGGUCAUUUGCCGAUUCAGGUACAUUUUUUCACAGUAAUUAGUCAAACUUUAGCAAAGGUUUUCGCAUUGAAACCAAAUGUAAUAAUUUAGUUUUUUAAACAUACCGUGCUAGAUUGAAUGAAAUGAAUACUCGGUUGUCUCAACCUACUAUGAAUAGUCGGCCAGGAAAAAAAAAUCAUAAGUUAGAAGUUCUUUAUAGCCAUAACAGACAAAAAGGGAACAAAAAGUAGAUUUUUUGAAAAAACUUAAAAGUGGUAAUAUCUAUAAAACUUUUAUUAAGGUCAUAUUGAUUUUAUCUGAUUGAUCUGAAGCCAAUCUACCUUCCGUGUCACUCUGGCGUGUUAUUUCUGGAUCUAUAUUGCCAUUCAUUUUAACGCUUAAACUGUUUUUGUCUCGGUGGCCGUGGAUAAAAGGCGGGUUGAAGCUAACAGUUGGGUAAAUCUAAUUUCUUGGUCAUUUCACAGUAUUUUUAUAUAACCAGAUGCAGGGAUGCUCCAUCUUUCCACUUUUGCGAAUAUGCUCGUAUUUUAUGCUUUGGCAUAUUGUUGCAUGUGAGCAACAAUGCGUCGUAUUUACUUCAUAUAUUUAUGAAUAUUUAAUCACUUAAAAAUAUUUUGCAUUUAUCCAAAACACUUUUUAAUCACUAUUCCUUGUAUCGCACAAUUUAUUGUGAAUUGAACAAUAUUUUUAGUACCGACAUGUUUGCUUUUAUACUUUUACCGGUGCCUAAGCUUUCACAGAACCACAAUCUAUUCAAUAUAAUGCCAAUCAAGAAACAGGUGCACAACCCUUCAGUGUGAAUAGUUUAGUACCUCACCUGCUUUAUCUGGAGAUAAUGGACGCAUUCAGAAAACGAGCCAAUGGGCACAAGAGGCACUUGUCCAUGGGUCUGGCUUGAUGGGGGAGCGGCAAAAUCAAAUGAAAUAUCCAAAAAUGCUUGUUAAAUUUUCACAAUCGGCAAAGUAGGUCCAAAGAUUAUCUGUGCCAAGGGGCCUGUAUGGCUUAAGACAGCCCUGGAAAGAAGUGCUAUAGCUCUGUAAUCAGCAGCUAUUUGAAUGGACACUGACAUUAAGCACUUCAACACUAACAUUCCAUAAAUGGACUCAAUGUCAACUAUAUUUUGAACUACUGGUAGUUUGCAUUCAAAUGGCCCAAUACGAGUUCGAGUAUGUUCACUUUUUCACUGUAGCAGACCCUAUUUAGUAAUAUUUGGUACAGAUUUAUAAAAAUCUUGUGAAAUAUUUUUUUUAAUUAAGUUAUUGACUUUAUAUUUCCUAUUAAUAUAUUUUUCAUUCGUCCGACCACAGACGGCCAUCCAUGGACAUCAAUCAGUCUUGUGGUACACAUCACUAUGGUCUAAGCUUGGUCUCAGUUAGAGCAAUGAAUGAAAGCUGUGCAUCCUCUAACUGAAAAUAUUUUUCUGGUUAAAAUAUCAUUGCUAUUUAAAGAAACAUCUAAUAACCUAGCUUGAACAUUUAGAAGUUCCAGAUAAGUAUUAAUUAAAUCUUUUUUUCAUAUUAUCUUGAAUGGAUUGUAUCUUAUCUCACUAUAGAACUAUUAUUGGCAUCUUAAACCAAUAGAAUGCAUAGAACUGUUUUGUAAUGUUUUUUAGUAGGUAGCAUGGAUUUGAUAUAGAUUAUGUGUGAAACUUUUUGUUGAAAGGUUAUAUAGCAACAUGAAGUAUAUGCUACUUACAUUGUUUAUUAAAUUUUCGUGUUGUAGAUUUUUAAAUAUAUUAUCUCAAAUAUAGAUCACUGUAUACUAUUCCUUC